UUCCGCCCCGUGCCAUGACUAAGCGCUUCUUUCUCCGCUAGGUACGCAGCUCCGUGCCGCGGCUGGCUGUGCUGCUGAGCUGCCGAAUCUGGCGCUCGGACCUGCGGAUCUCGGCGAGAUUUCGCGUUACCAGCCUUGGGCCCUUUCAUCGGUAAGCAGUAGCGGAUCACUUUGUCAAGCAGCAGCAAGAACAAAGGAAUCGAGAAGGAGACGCUUGGCUCUCCGUCUCUUUGUUCCGAGCGGCUUUCUCUUCCGUUUGCUCCGGCCCGGAGAAGCUGAAUUUAUAAUCGUCACUGGAUUGUAAGUACUCGAGGCGAAGAGAGCUCACUGCGCCCCGCCUUUUGAAUAUCUUUAUUCCGGGAGAGAUUGUGGAUUGGGAGUGCCCGCGGGGCCUUACUUUCUAUGCCGAAAAUCAUUCCGCAGGAGCCGCCAUUUGCUUUCCUGCUCGCUCGUUAGCCAGCUCUGUCUCCAUUGUCCGGCAGCGGCACCUAGAGGUCGGAACUCGGCAUUGCAGCUAAUAGAUUUAAAAGUACUUUGUGGAUAAGCUAAUGUGUCAGUAACGACUGGUACUCAGUCACAGCGUAUUUAUAGAGAAAAGACUUGGGGAUAUAAUUAAACAUUAAGACAAACAGACGCUUAGCUGCUGUUCUACUUAGAACAUUUUGUAAUUAAAGAAUUCAAUUCAUAACAAACUGGUCUUUUUAACUGUUGCAGUAGCCUAAACUUUUUAGUGCAACAAGUGUUUAUUAAAGGAGACAAAAGUCACAAAGAACUAAAGAUGAGUAAGAGCAAAGAUGAUGCUCCUCAUGAACUAGAGAGCCAGUUUAUCUUACGCCUACCUCCGGAAUAUGCCUCUACCGUGAGGAGGGCAGUACAGUCUGGCCAUGUCAACCUGAAAGACAGACUGACAAUUGAAUUACACCCUGAUGGGCGUCAUGGAAUUGUCAGAGUGGACCGGGUCCCAUUGGCCUCAAAAUUGGUAGAUCUGCCGUGUGUUAUGGAAAGCUUGAAAACCAUUGAUAAAAAAACUUUUUACAAGACAGCUGAUGUCUGUCAGAUGCUUGUAUCCACAGUUGAUGGUGAUCUCUAUCCUCCUGUGGAGGAGCCAGUUGCUACUACUGAUCCCAAAGCAAGCAAGAAGAAGGAUAAGGAUAAAGAGAAAAAGUUUAUCUGGAACCAUGGAAUUACCCUGCCUCUAAAAAAUGUCAGAAAGAGAAGGUUCCGGAAGACAGCAAAGAAAAAGUAUAUUGAGUCUCCAGAUGUGGAAAAAGAAGUGAAGCGGUUGCUGAGUACAGAUGCCGAGGCUGUUAGUACUCGCUGGGAAAUAAUUGCUGAAGAUGAAACAAAAGAGACAGAAAAUCAAGGCCUUGAUAUCUCUUCUCCAGGAAUGUCUGGUCACAGGCAGGGCCAUGACUCAUUAGAACAUGAUGAGCUUCGGGAGAUAUUCAAUGACCUCAGCAGCAGCAGUGAAGAUGAAGAUGAGACACAGCAUCAGGAUGAAGAAGAUAUAAACAUUAUCGAUACUGAGGAAGAUCUGGAGAGACAGCUACAGGACAAGCUAAAUGAAUCAGAUGAACAGCACCAAGAAAAUGAAGGAACCAGUCAGCUGGUAAUGGGAAUUCAGAAACAGAUUGAUAACAUGAAAGGCAAGCUCCAAGAGACCCAGGACAGGGCAAAACGACAGGAGGAUCUUAUCAUGAAAGUGGAAAACCUGGCUCUCAAGAACAGAUUUCAGGCUGUGCUGGAUGAACUCAAACAAAAGGAAGACCGAGAAAAGGAGCAGCUCAGCUCUUUGCAAGAAGAACUGGAAUCACUCCUAGAGAAGUGAGAAGAACUUUGAUACUUUAUUUCCAAUCUUCAGACUGGUUUAGCAUUAGAAAAACCUUGGCUUCCUCACUUAGACUGGAUAUUAAGACUUUGCAGGACUUUGCAGUAGUUCUCAUUCUUGUUAAUGCUAGAAGUUCUGUUGAAUUAUCUCAUUUGUUUUUCAGAACCACUGUGCGAGGUGUUCAUCCUACAGGAAGUAGGAUUGUAUAGGCAGAAAAAUGAUUGGAGGAAAGUUGUAGGAUUAAUAGAAUGAACAGUUCAACCAUAAUAAUCAUAGCUUUACUGUAGGACUUUGAUAACUGUUUCUCCAUUUGCCAGAAGCUGCUGUUGCUGCUCUGUGAUGCUGUCUGAGAUCAAUUAGAAGAACCUAGUCUGGAGGCUAGUGAAGCUAGUUUGCAUAUGUUUUCCCAUGCAGUAGCAAUUUCCUACACGUAGAGAUGUAAAUUAUUUCAUAAAGUUGUCUCUAGCAAUAAAUAAAAGCAACUAAUUUUCACCUUAUAA